AUGUGUUGCUGCAAUCCGUUGAGACUUGCCACAGAAGGAAGACAAUAAUUGCGAUGACUGCAAUCCACGUGCAUCCUCGGGAUCCAAAGUUGAGUCGUUUCAAGGCCCUGCAGAUCCUCAUCUGACACCGGUUUCAACCCUAAAUGUUCCGUGUCGAUCCCCAAUGCAAUACGGAAUACGACCCGAUCUGCCCAUUUUUGAGGUCACUCCUAUACAGACAGCAUUUAACUGCCACAAUGCCCAUGCCCUCUCGAUCUUUCCUUCAGCAACGCUCUCACCAUGAUAGCGGCCGCACUUCUCCUGGCCGUGGCGGUUCCCGUCCUGGCGGGCCCCAACACCGAUGCUGUGUCUGUGUGCCAGCAUCUGCACGCUGUCUACCCUCAGUACACCGUCUGGGACCCCACUGGUACCUACGCCAGUGAGACCUUCUGGAACCAGUCCUACUACACCCACACGGUCAAGGAAUAUUGGAAUGGCGUCAACGCCAAUAACCGCCCCGCCUGCGCCUUUUUCCCGGCCAAUGCAGAGCAGGUGUCGGUUGCCGUCCAGCAGUUGAACAAAUAUCCCACGGCACCAUUUGCCCUCAAGUCCGGCGGCCACAAUUUCAACGCCGGCUUCUCCAGCACCAGCGGUGGCGUGCUUCUCUCCUUCAACGAGAACCUGUCCUCCACCACCCGUAACCCCGACGGCCAGACCUUUGACGUCGGCCCUGGUGCCCGCUGGGGCGACGUCUACGCCGUGACCGAGAAGACCAACCAAGUCGUCGUGGGUGGUCGACUCGCCAACAUCGGAGUCGCUGGCUACACUCUCGGCGGUGGUCUCUCCUACUACUCCGCCCAAUAUGGUCUGGCCUGCGACAAUGUCCUCAACUUCGAAGUCGUGCUCGCAAACGGCACCAUCGUCAACGCCAACAGCACCUCUCACCCAGACCUCUUCUGGGCCCUCCGCGGCGGCGGCAACCGAUACGGGAUCGUGACCAAAUUCACCAUCCAAGGACACCCCCUCGGCACGAACGGCCAAAUCUGGGGCGGGAUGCGAUUCUACAACGCCGACAAACGACAAGAAAUCUUCGAAGCCCUCGCCAACUUCACCCGCGACUACCCCGACGCCAAAGCCGCCGUCAUCCCCACCUUCGACUUUGGCCUCCCCGGCGCCCUCGUCUCCAACCCCACCCUGUUCUUCUUCUACGACGGCUCCACCCCCCCAGCCAACGCCUUUGUCGGUCUCGACAAAAUCGACUCCCUCUUCUCCACCACCAAAGCCCAGUCCUACACCGAACUCACCAACGAAGCCGGCGGGGCUAAAAUCUACGGCAUCAACGCCGCGGCCCGCGUGAAUACCUUUCCCAACAUGCCCCCCGCCCAAAUGUCCCAACUCCUCGAAACCCACUGGACGACCUACCAAAGCAUGAUCAAGAACGAUUCCUCCCGGAAUCUGGAUAUCCAGAUCGGGACAUUCACACCUCAGCCCCUGUCUGUACGGAUUGCACGUGCCUCGACCGAGCGUGGCGGAAACACCCUCGGUCUGGAUCCCAACAACGGAGACCGAUUCUGGUUCGAGAAUGAUCUUAUCUGGAUGAACCCGGUGUGUAACGAUGCCUGCCCAGAGUAUCUACGUGAAGUGGCAGACACAGCACUGGCAUCAUUCGAGCAGACCCUAAAGGGCACAAAACCGACGAAUUGGAAGAGUGGCGACGUUGACUGGGUUUCUGUGAACCCACUCUUCAUGAACGACGCCGCCGAUUACCAAGACGUGUAUGCGAGUUACGGGAGUACGAAUCGAGCCCGGUUGGAGAGUAUUGCGAAGAUGUAUGAUCCGGAUCGGUUCAUGUUUCGGCAGGGGGGGUGGUUGUUUUGAUCAGUACAUAGUACUAGUAUAUUCAAUAUAUUCCAUCGGGAUGUCAGUGUCAUACAAACACAUACUAAUGAAGUUGAC